AGGUACUUGCCUAGUACUACACUACAAUCCGGGUAUUAUCGCACAAUCUCAUGGACCACAUCGUCUCGUCCAGGUUUCAGAUUCAACUGCACUUGAACGGAGCAUGGAGGCUGCACCUGACCGACUCUCACAGAUCCCGCCAAGUCACUCUUUCAGACUACUUCCUUCGUUGAUGGACUCUACUUGAUUCUCAUCAUCCAACUCGUUUACUGUCUCUAUGGGUUCAACGAUACCUUAUCUUUCAGUCUAUCUUUUCACAUCUUUUUCUCACAUAACCAUCCAUUCGCCUUUGGCUGACGGUUGAAACGUCGUUCCUGUAUUCAACCAAUUUCCUCCGCCCGACCAUUUACGAGGCUUUAUAUUCCAACUUCUAUCCAAUUUCCAACCGAGUUCUACCUUCGUUUGCGUUCCUGAUACCUGGUGACAUUUCCACAUCAUCUCACAAGUUAGCGCUUCAUGACUGAACCACGGGCUCCAUCGCGGAGCGAUGUCAAGACCAGUCCAGCCAAACCUCGAAGUAACCCUAGGCCUUCCUUCAAGAUCGGCGGUUACUCGCGUGGAGACGGACAGGCUUCAACUUCUCAUGUUACACAGCCACGAGCCGCUUUUGAGAAAACCAUCAACUUUAGUGGAAGACGCAUCAUCCACACCGCGAUUCCUUCCACCAAAAUGGCGAGUGCCGCGGCUCCGAACAUUACUCCAACUGAACCAUCAUCCCAAUCGUCAGAACCCCCAGUUUUUGUCCACCAAACUCUAGCAGAUAUCUUGAAUCCUGCAGUAUCUCCAACAAGCAAGAAACGGAAAUGUGACCAGAAGCGAGCAGUUGCUCGCUCCCCCAAGAAAAGAACGGCAACCGUUCUAAGACCAAGUCGGCCCCUGAAGAUAUCGGACCAGGUGAAUGGUGAUGUGUGGCAUCUUAUUCUUGGCUACUGCGAGCCUAGACAACUUCUCGAGGCCAAGUUGAUCAGCAAGGACUUCAACAAUCGCCUGAACGAACAUAAUACGAUUUGGAGGAAAAGCAGACUCGACCAUCUUGGAAAAGACAUUCCCGAAUGCCCAACUGGUUUGACAGAGCAGAAAUAUGUCUAUCUCCUAGUUGGUCGUGGAUGUCAGAACCCCAAUUGCCCUCGAGAUCAGACCGUGAGGGUGGCGUGGGUUUUUCAACUGCGCCUCUGCGCCGAUUGUUUCAAGCAAAAAACCAUAAGAGCCGAAGAUCUUCUCGAACAACGGAGGCACUUUAUCAACCCUGAUCCAAACCAGCCUGCAGAUCCCUCGCCGCUCUGGGGAAGCCUGCUCUCAGACCUGCUCCCACAAGCCCGAACUGACGGUCGGCGCUAUGGCGGCCCUCGCGUGAUCGAUCCGUCCAGAAAUAUGUGGACUCAAGAUGUCUGGCGCCAAUAUGUUUUCCUUGAAUCGGCCUAUACGACCCUCGAAACUGAAUACCUCGCCCUCCGACGAGCGACCCCUUCAAACACCGUGGUCAAAGAGUGGUUAGAGAGUACUUAUGAAAAGGUCAUGGCAUUUAUGAAAGAAGCCAUCGAGCUGGAGAAUUGGAAUGCCAACCCAUCUAAGGAGAAAACAGAUUACUACCAAACUCGAGCCGACUUCUUCGAAGAACGCGCCGCUGCGCUGGACCCCCCCAUUGAGCAAGAUGUUCUAUGGAAUAUGGCUGCGUUUCGUAAUUUUCUCAAGAUCCAGUCACCUCCGACAGAGAGGUCGUGGGCGAGGCUACGGGCACAGAUUCUUCCAUACAGACAGCAGGCCGAGCAGGUAUGCGAGUACAAAGAGGUGAUGAACGCCGUAUCAUUGGGUGACGACGACAUGGAUGAUAUCUCUCAGGAGACAUUGACAUCGUGGCUGAACUUGAAACGCCACCGUCAAGGACGGAAGAAAAUUCCAUGUCAUUAUCAACCUGAACAGACCUUUGUUCUUGGUGUGGCUCAGAAGGAACUGCAACGGUGUCUGGACUCUGGAGUCGCCGAUGAAGACCUCUUGCUUCUCACUCUGCAUAAUGUUUACAUCGCCUACCAGCAGAUCGAAAAUCGUCCCAUUGGACUCAAUUAUGACGAAACCAGAGGGCCUUACAAGCUCAGCCUGGAUGACGCUCGCAUGAUUGUUGAAGAUGUCAUCGAGGCCAGAAUUGAGCCUACAUCACAACGAGGCUCGGUGGUAUUCUGCCACCUCCGUUGCAGAGGAUGUCGCCGGCGAGACUUCACCAAGACAUGGUCGUUUACUGAUGCGUUUGAGCAUAUCCUCGCCACGCACGCGAUCCUAGUUGGCGAAGGCAUCGAAUUCUGGAGAUUUGCGGUGCCCUUUAUGCAGGAAGAAGCAGAUUGGAGGCCGGCGCCAAGCGAAGUCAAUGCAACCAAGUCUAUCGACCGAUUCCCCUGGUAUUCGCAACCUUGGCCCCGAUGCCUCCCUCUUGUCCCAGGCCACCGAGAGUCUUGGGCGCUUGGCAAGUGGCAGCCAUCAAUAUCCGAGACAUAUGUUGAGCUUGAAAAACCGCCCACGAUCUCGGCAUUCCAAGGACGCGGACCGGCGCCGAAUUCACUGGCGGAUACCGAUUUCGUCUCAAACAUUCGAUUCGCUGCACGGGUGCUCAACGGUACGUGGCUCAAUGACGAGUGUCAGAUGAAGAUUGCUUUGACAUAUGCCAUGGAGCGUUGGAAACUCGUUUCCUGGGCCAAACCGCCGCUGGAUAUGUUCACCUCGAGCAUGGCAAGCGUUCAAGAAGUCAACCCGACCAUCAACCUUCAAUUCCGCUGCGGUAUCUGCGUCAAAGAAGGCAUCGUCAAUCAAAAUGCUCGACAGGUCAAAUACCGCAUUGCGGUUGAUGAUCUGCUAGCACACUGGCAGACCAAGCAUCAAGAUCAGCUCGAUUGGACAGAGGCCAUCAACUUGCCGUCCGACAACGAAGUGGAAAGGAUCCUGGACAAGGCGGAUGCGAAAUUGCAACAGGAGAAAGAUGCUGCUCGCCAGAGAUUAUCGAAGAUGGAGGAUGACAUUCGCAAACGACCCAAGUUGAAAAAUAACGUCGUCAUCAAUUCUCGACUGGCCAGAGACGUAUUCGACGAACUCUUUCCACAAACAGGCUUGUUCAGUUCUGAGGGGACAGAAAUUGGACCAAAAGCUUGAGCGUUUAGCAAACCUUGAUGGCAAUUCAUAAAAACACAUAUCGACAUGGCGCCAUGACCGGUACUACGGUGGCAUGAUACUAAUGACUAAGAACUGAGAGAUGACCUGGCGUGGCGUUUCGGACGGCGAUACGGAGCAACGGCGGAUAUGCAUCGGAUUGUGAAGGGAUUUCAGGCAUCGAUGCGGAGUGCACGAGACGUUUAAUUUGAUAGUCAUGGCGAGUCUUUUAUACCCCGGGUUGUUCCACGGGGCGCACUCGGAGUGAGUCUCGUCUCGGGCUCUACAGCAUACAGCGCUAUCAUAAGAAGAGCCCGUGAGGUGAGAGAUGACAGGUGUGCUGAAACUGGCAAUUGUGUCCGAGGUAGAUAACAUCCGCCGUAGCGCAGAAAGUACCCCUCGGUCAUGAUUUCUUUAUGCGGCAUCUGAGAGCGAGCUCGAUGCUCUUCGGGUGUCUCCGGCAUUCGUCGCGAGGUCGGAGAACAGCGGGAUUCUACAUACACAUUGUUCCUGCCAAGACAUCACUCGCUGCUAGAAGCCGAGCUGAUAAAGAUAGAGUGGCAUGGGAUUGGCUCGGUAGCGAUCUAAGCAUCGGUAAGCGGAGCCACUAAGAGGCUGCGCUCUGAUAACGUCAAAGACAUAUGAUGGUCUGA